AUUAUGUGCAGAAAUAGAAUGUGCUUCUGGCUAUUUAGUUUUUCGGCGUCUAAUAUCUUUAUUCAGUUGCUUCAUCUGUUGCGCCAACAGGCGGCACUCUCGCUCUUAUCACUUCGGCUUCGAUUCUGUGUGUCUUCUCCUGCCGCUUUCUACGCACGGGCACGUUUUUUCGUAUGCUCUGCAGUUCAGUAUUUUCUUUCUGUGCCCGCAAAUAUUUCAGCAAUGCCGAAAAACUGAGGAAAGGGCACCAGGCGUGCUGCGCGGCUGUUUGAUGUGGCGAAUCGGAGGGAAAAACAGCGGGACGAAAAUUUUCCGUUCCCCAGCGAAUGAGAGGCGCUGCGAGCAAGUCGAUCAACAUGCCUCUGAUGCCAAUCGAUGAGUACCCCCUGCAGAUUGUGCCUUUCUGGGAUCCGAAGCUGCCAUAUGUUGCAGCGCUGACGUCAUUGGUAGCAACUCUGCUGAUGACACUGUUUUGGUUUCGGCACAAAACCCGCGACAGGAACUUACCACCCGGUCCACGGUCCUGGCUCUUUAUGGGGAGCUUUAAUCUCGCCACGGGUCGCAUUCCUUUCGACAAAGCCAUGAAAUGGGCUAAAAAAUACGGCCCUAUUGUGGGCCUGAGGCAGGGCAGUGUUCACGUGGUCAUGAUAAGCGACUACGAGCAGAUCAAGAAGUUGUUCUCGAUGCCACAGCUGCAAUACCGUCCAACAACGUGGGGUCAGAGUUCCAAAGAGAAAGGUUUGACUGCACUCAACGGAGAAGCGUGGAAACAAAAUCGAGAGUUUUCAAUGCGAACACUUACCAAAUUAGGCUUUGGAACUGAAAUCAUGCACAAGUACAUCCAGGAAGAAGCUUGCCACUUGGCCGAUUUCCUGGCAUGCCAACACGGUUGUCCCGUAGCUUCGUUCUCAGUCACGCACAAGAGCCACAUUAACUCCAUGUGCCGCUUCCUGCUGGGCUACCGCUUCGACUUCGAAGAUCCACGAUUUGUUCCUAUAUGUAAAGCACUCUCCGGGUUCCGGCUACAGUCAGCUGCUGCGCCAGUCGAACAUCGGGCUGCGUGGCUGCGCAGGGCAAUCAUUGACCGCCUUUGGCCAAGUUCCGUGAGUGCAAGCCGGCACCGCCUGCUCAAGACUCUCAACGUCGCGGUCAGAGACCUGAUUGCUCACAACGACGACACCAAGAGGGAUGGACGUCAGAAGAGCUACAUCGACCUCUACAUGGAUAAAAUUUGGCAAGCUGAGCAAAACAACAAUUCAUAUUUUACAGUGGAGUACCUUGCUGGUAAUAUGUGCGACAUCGUCAUGGGCUCAGCAACGAGCACUAACGUGUACCUGCAUUGGAACCUACUCAACCUGGCCAGCCGUGCUGACAACCUACAGGCGGACUUGCAACGGGAGAUCGACACCGUUGUGGGUAGGAGUCGUUCGCCCUGCUGGGAGGACCACAAGUGCUUGCCGCUCACAAUGGCAACUUUAUGGGAGAUGUACCGCUGGAAAGUUGCGACGCCUUUCAACUUGCCACGCGGCGUUGGCGAAGAUAUGAAGUUCGAAAAUUACGAUUUGCCUAAGGAUACCGUCGUCUUUCCAAACCUGAUGGCAGUCCACAGAAACACGAAGUUAUGGAAGGACCCGGAUACAUUUGAUCCAUCGCGUUUCUUGCGGGCUGAUGGGAAAACUCAGACGACGAGGCCGGGAGGGCUGCUGACUUUCUCGGUUGGUAAGAGAAUGUGCCCAGGAGAAUCGAUGGCCAUGGUCCAAAUAUUCCUCUUCAUGACGACACUACUCCACCGAUUUCACAUUCUUCCAGUAGAAGGCGAGAAGUACGACAUUUCGCCAUUCGGACCAUCCCUGGAGCUAUUAGACACGAAGCUUCGCUUUGUUGUGCGCCAUUGAAAGUGAAGAUCACUACUGAAGAUAAUCAUUCUGGAAAAAACGCACAAGAAUAUUGACGAACCUUUCCAAACCAGUCACAGUAUUCUUAAGCCAAACCAUACUUGAACUUAUUGGUUCCACUUUUGCCCCAACAUCCUCGGGAAACAAUAAACUUUAAUUGAAUAAGUUUGCAAAAGUGAUACUUUCGGACUAGUUUAAUCGGGAAAUAUAUUCACAGAGGUAAGGGAGACGAGACUUACACAUGAAUUGUGCAUUCGGGAGGCUGUUUAUCUUUUCGUGUUGACCAACAUAGGUGAUUUGUAAGAAGUUAUAUACGUUAACGUAUAAUUAUCACAAAGCGUAAACCCACGAAGAAAAAAACUGAUUCCUUGCCGUUUCGCAUACUCUCUUUCAAAUAUAAUAGAAAAAUUGCAAGGAUUAUUUAUUACCAGCAGGACAUUCCAAACGCAUAUAAAUUGUUUUAUUCUAGUGAAGCUCUUUUUGUUUGUUUGUUAAGCUUUAGAGUAGUACUGCAACAGCGAACGUUGGAUAACGCUACAUCCGAAGAUCAGUUAACGGACAAACCUCUUCGUGGUCUUUAGGCUCUUCCAGAACAGAUAUACCUGCUUUUGCAAAUUAGGUUUCUAUGAAACGACUCUAUGUGUUACAAGUCAAUUUAAGGUUAAACGCUCCGGAGCUGAUAAUCAGAGUACCGACCAAAAACUUCUUAUCUGUACAGAAAACUCAAACCAUUAAAGGCGGGCUUCAAGGAUGCACAAAUAUACUAGGUGAAGGCGCUAUCGUAAUAUUUGUUUAAAAUGCUCAUUUUAAAAAAGAAAUCCAAAAUAAACCAGCAGCUCGACUUUUUUCACCUGUUCCAGCUGCA